UCCCCUACACCCACCGUCAACACCAGCCACUCUGCACUGACAACACGCACCCUCACCAAGACACCCACGCACCCCCUGCACCCUCCCUCACCCUCACCCUCACCCAGCCCGCCCUCGCCAUCCUGCAGGCCCCGCCCGUGCGGUUGCCGGGGCGACGGGGCCGCCGGGUGAGGGGUCAGGGCGGUGGGCGGGACGGUGUGGGGAGCGGCUGCAAAUCGAGUCUCAGGCUGUGCCGGGGCCUCGGGAUGGCGGCGAUGGAGCGGGAGGUGGAGGCGGCGCUGACGGCGCUGGAGAGCGGCGGCGAGGCCGAGCUGGAGCGGCAGCUGCGGGGAUUCAACCGGCAGAACAGCCAAACUUUCAAGUUUGAUCAAAAGGAACAAGAGGCAAGAAAGAAAUUAUGUGAUGAAGUACUGAAAGCAUUGCAGAAAGACCUGGGGCCAACCUGCCAAGCCACCUGUCUAGAAACUAUCCGUAUACUGUCCAGGGACAAGAAGAUUUUGGCGCCUCUGACCACCAGGCCGGGAAUGCUGCUUCUAAUGAGGCUGGCCGGAUUGGAGUACACACAAAGCUCGACGCAAGAGACCUCCCACUCUGGCGUUAAAGUUGAGGCAUUAAAAUGUCUGUGCAACAUUGUGUUCAACAGUGAGACAGCACAGCAACUUAGUAUGGACUUUAAGGUUGUCAUUGGAAUCUGCGAACGCCUGAAGAUGCACAGAGACAAGAACCUGGCACACGAGAUUAAGUUCUUUGACUUGCGUCUCCUUUUCCUGUUGUCAGCCUUGCGGAUAGACAUCAGAACUCAGCUGAAGGAGGAUUUGCAGGGCCUGCUGUUGCUUACCGAUGUCCUGGAGAGCACGCUGGACAUUAAGUGGACAGAUAAAUAUGUGGUGGCCAUGAAUCACAGGAGUGCUCCCUUGUCUGAAGAGCAGGUGGAUUUUAUCAUUGAGGCACUAAAGGCUCUCUUUAACGUCACGUAUGACUGCAGCCAGCAGCAAACUGAUGAAGAUCAUGUCCACCAGUACAGAUACCUCACUGCCAUUCUCUGCCACUGUUUGUUGAUAAACACCCAGACUGAAGAUAAAACUGAAGAAUUUCACAGUCACACAAUCAAUCUUUUGAACAACAUUCCAGUGUCAAGCCUCGAUCUCCUCUUCAGCCCAGACAUCGAAUGUGGAGCAAUUGAUUACAAUGGGAAGAAGAUGGACGCAGUUGAGGUUUUGCUAGCUUUUAUGGAAAAGAGAAUAGAUAGGGGGACCAAUUUAAAAGAAGGAUUGACUCCAGUUUUAAGCGUUUUGACAGAAUGUUGCAGGAUCCACAAAGAUAUGAGAAAAUAUAUCCGUUCAAGGGUCCUGCCCCCUUUAAAAGAUGUAAAGAACCGCCCUGAAGUUGGCACCACUCUUCGGAAUAAGUUGGUUCGCCUCAUGACGCACAUCGACACGGGAGUGAAACAUACUGCGGCAGAGUUCCUGUUCGUUCUGUGCAAGGAGAGUGUUGAUUGCUUGUUAAAGUACACUGGCUAUGGUAACGCUGCAGGGCUACUGGCUGCCCAUGGACUGCUGGCCGGAGGAAGGGGAAGCGGGGUGUACUCCGACGAUGAGGAUACAGAUACUGAAGAGUACAAAAGUGUCAAAUCUUUCAUUAACCCCAUCACUGGUCACGUCGAAGAUCCAAUGCCCAAUCCGAUGGCUGGAAUGACAGAGGAGCAGAAAGAGUAUGAAGCGAUGAAACUCGUCAAUAUGUUUGACAAACUCUCCAGGGAGCAGAUAAUUAAGCCAAUGAGAGUGAAACCGGAUGGAACGAUGGGUCCGUUGGAGGAAGCAGCUAACGAGUUCACCAGUGAGCACGAUUCCACUUCGGAUUCUGAUGACAAUGCCUAGCAGCACGUGCUCCCUUUCCCCAACUCUGCUUUUCUCAGUGGUACUUAUAUUUAUAUAUUAAUGGGCUGUGUAGACCAGACACAGACUUUCUACCUGAAAUGCAGAUAGUAUGUCAGAUUAUUUGUUAAAUGCUGGCACCGGCUGAACAGUGACAGUUUGAACAAAGGCGGCCCCUGUCCACAUGGCCAGUUGUAUUUAUCACCGCGUUUGUACCACGUUUCCAAAUAUCGCCAAGGUCCGUAACCAAUAAUGUGAACAGUGUACAGAGUCCAGCAAGCUGUGACUGAAGGAAUGCUGCCCCCAUCAAGGAGUGGAGAACCAGUAUGAACAGGUGUUGUACCUGAUGCCUCGAAAGCAAAGUGCCUGUUCCAGAAAUAGCAGCAUUUGUGAGGUUUACCACAACUUUGUACACAUACUGCCCCUGAACUGAGAUUAUUUCCAAAACCCUAAGCCAUCUGAACUUUAAGAAAUAACAAAUUUACAUUGAUGUUUCAAAGCUUGUCAUAGCUGAUUCAUUACAGCACUUAAUGUAGAAAAACACCACAGCAUUUUGCAUACACAAAUGUGUUGAAUUAAUUUAUAUUUGGUACUGCUGUUGAGUGCUUACUGUUAGUCAGGCACUAGUCUGUCUGAUACUUUUGAGGCAUAUAGCUUUCCUAAGGGAACAGUUGAAAGAAGUGUAGAGCGAACAGCAGCAGUGUAGCACAUGGUGAGCAGUGAAGAGCAGGUCUGUGCCUGCUGUUCUGGUGACUAGCUGCUAUGCAGCACUGUAGUGGAUGCCUACAUCUUCUUUGGUGUUCCACACACUAAAGGAUGGUUUUAAAUUUAAUUAAGUAAACAGAUUAAUCGUGUUUCAGAGGUGGGAGGUCUGAGAAUAAAUCAAAUGUGUAUAAUGGCUAACAAAGAACAUCAGUUCAGAUUCAACGCUGUGUUAAUGUUAAAUGAAAAGUGUGCAUCAAAUGGAUUUGUGUAUGCAUCUGGCCAUGGUUAUUGCAUGCAUUCAUAAGAGCAGCACAGUAUAUUAAGCAUGCUUCAAAAUGAACUCAUAACCUUUGUAAUUAUAACAAGUCUGUGUAGAAAAUGGGAAGCAAUAGUCCAUGGGUUAAACCAAGAAGGUUAAGUCUUGAAAUUGUUUAUAAAAAACAUGAUUCUUAACAUUUUAAAGAUGAGUAAUUAUAUUUCUUGUAAUUAGUUCUCUGCAAAAAGUAGAUGAAAAUGACAAGGAAAAGAAUAUCUUGCACAUCUUAUAGUAGUACAGUUAAACAUGAGAAAAGUAUUACUUCUGAAUAAAAAUCCUCAAGGAUUCACAGAUUCUCCUCUCAGAAUGUUGAGGAUUCUAUAAUGGCAAAUCACAAUACAAUUAUCUAUGGAUGAUUCCCUUUUGGGAGCCUUUUGCUGUCAAUUUUAAUCAUUGACUGUCCAAAGUCAUGCUUUGAUUGUAUGAAAACUGCAACUAUUGGAGAUAGAAAACUUAUGUAUGAAACUUUAAAUACUUUUCUAGCUUAUGAUAAUUAAGUAAGGUUUUGUGAAUUUGGCCUCCUGCACCCUAUGGUAUUAUAAAUCAAUAAAGUGAUUAUUGAAUGUAGAUCAGUCUACUGGAGUUGAUGGAGGUGCAAAGGUCCUCAUGAACAUGUGUGUUGUAAUUAAAGAUUCAGUGCCAAUAAACAUAGAACACUGCAGCACAGUACA